CGGAAGGUAUGGUUUACAUCUUGUCUGUGCGGUUCAGUGUAGAUAUAUUAUUUUAAAAAAUCACAUUUUAAGUUAUUUUAUGAGUACCAGGUAGGUCAUAACACUUGUUAUUACAAUAGUUAGAAAAUGAAUCAAAUUUGAAGCGCAUGUAAUUGAAAAUCCACGAGCUGUGUAGUUAAGGCGCUAUAACGUUUAUUCGCGGGGUGUUUUUUUUUGGUUUGUCUGUUUUUUGUUUUGUUUUGCGUUUUGCUGUGAUUUCACGCAAUUACGUUAAUCCCACACAUGACCAUAACAUAUCCGAGCUUCCCAAGACAGCAGCCUGACAUCUAUAUGUGAUUCUGAAGUGGAAGAAGGACCGAAAAUCCAAUCUGCUUACACGCUAAGGGAGUGUUCUGAAAUGCACAUCACAGAUCUGAAGUUUGUGGGAGAUCAUCAUGAAGGAGAAGAAGGAGGAGGGGAGAGAGCGAGAGAUAGAGAGGAGGAGGAGGAGAAGAUCCCAGAAUUGAAAGAGGAAUUGUUAGAACAGGACAUUGGAGUGUGUAAAUCUGAGGGGAGCGACAUGGGGCUGAAGUUUGUGGGAGAUCAUCAUGAAGGAGAAGAAGGAGGAGGGGAGAGAGCGAGAGAUAGAGAGGAGGAGGAGGAGAAGAUCCCAGAAUUGAAAGAGGAAUUGUUAGAACAGGACAUUGGAGUGUGUAGAUCUGAGGGGAGCGACAUGGGGCUGAAGUUUGUGGGAGAUCAUCAUGAAGGAGAAGAAGGAGGAGGGGAGAGAGCGAGAGAUAGAGAGGAGGAGGAGGAGAAGAUCCCAGAAUUGAAAGAGGAAUUGUUAGAACAGGACAUUGGAGUGUGUAGAUCUGAGGGGAGCGACAUGGGGCUGAAGUUUGUGGGAGAUCAUCAUGAAGGAGAAGAAGGAGGAGGGGAGAGAGCGAGAGAUAGAGAGGAGGAGGAGGAGAAGAUCCCAGAAUUGAAAGAGGAAUUGUUAGAACAGGACAUUGGAGUGUGUAGAUCUGAGGGGAGCGACAUGGGGCUGAAGUUUGUGGGAGAUCAUCGUGAAGGAGAAGAAGAAGGAGGGGAGAGAGCAAGAGAUAGAGAGGAGGAGGAGGAGGAGAAGAAGAUCCCAGAAUUGAAAGAGGAAUUGUUAGAACAGGACAUUGGAGUGUGUAAAUCUGAGGGGAGCGACAUGGGGCUGGCUUGUCACUUGUGUGGGGAACUCAGAGUAAAAGUCGAAGAAGAACAGCGCUCCACCACUCCUCCUCCUCCUCCUCUGCAAACCGAGAUGGACAGACAGGUGCAUGGACAGACAAACACCCAGACAGAAGAGAAUGUAAAAACACUCAGAUCUCGGUCAGUUCAAAUCCCUCUCUGUACAAAACAGACUUACUAAGAAAGCUACAGAGAAGGUAGACAGUGACACGAAGAGCACAGUCAAUGUCUCCUCUGGUUCUGUUAAUAGUUCCAAGAGCCCCCAGUUAAGCUAUGUGAAUUGUGACCAGCUUACAAACACACCAGGGAUCGCAUUUCAGUGUAGCAUGUGCGGGGAGACUUUCGAAGAUUUAUCAAGACUUGAAAGUCAACAGCAAAAUCACACAGGAGAGAAACUGCAUAGCUGCAGCAAGUGUAAUGAGAGUUUUGAAGAUUUGUUAAGUCUUAAAAAACACCAGAGAAUUCACACAGGGCAGAAACUGCAUAGCUGCAAAAACUGUGGGAAGACUUUCACAGAUUUAUCAAAUCUUAAAAAACACAUGCAAAUUCACCCUGGAGAGAAACUGCAUACCUGUACAGAAUGCUAUAAAAGUUUUAAACUUUUAGCAAGUCUUAAAACACACCAACGAAUUCACAUAAAAAGGAAACUGCAUAACUGUACAGAAUGCUAUAAGAGUUUUAAACUUUUAGCAAGUCUUAAAACACACCAACGAAUUCACAUAAAAGGGAAACUGCAUAACUGUACAGAAUGUGGUAAAACUUUCAAACAUACAGCAAACCUUAAAACACACCAACGAAUUCACACGGUACCGAAACUGCAUAGCUGCAAAGAAUGUAAAGAGAGUUUUGAAGAUUUAUCAAGUCUUAAAAAACACAUGCGAAUUCACACAGGGCAGAAACUGUAUACCUGCAGAAACUGUGGGAAGACUUUCACAGAUUUAUCAAAUCUUAAAAAACACAUGCAAAUUCACCCUGGAGAGAAACUGCAUACCUGUACAGAAUGCUAUAAAAGUUUUAAACUUUUAGCAAGUCUUAAAACACACCAACGAAUUCACAUAAAAGGGAAACUGCAUAACUGUACAGAAUGCUAUAAAAGUUUUAAACUUUUAGCAAGCCUUAAAACACACCAACGAAUUCACCCAGGAGAGAAACUGCUUAACUGUACAGAAUGCGGUAAAACUUUCAAACAUACAGCAAACCUUAAAACACACCAACGAAUUCACACGGUACCGAAACUGCAUAGCUGCAAAGAAUGUAAAGAAACUUUUGAAGAUUUAUCAAGUCUUAAAAAACACAUGCGAAUUCACACAGGAGAGAAACCGCAUCGCUGUAGCGAAUGUGGCAAAUGUUAUACUUUCUUAAAAGGUCUAAGAGUUCACCAACUUUCUCACAAAAAAGAAAAACCAUAUAGAUGUGACAAUGCUGAAUGCGGUAAAGAAUUUUACAGGGCUGAUCAACUCCGAUUUCACCUUCAAACUCACACUGGUAUCAAAUCUCGUAGCUGUCCAGACUGCGGUAAAAAGUUUUUCAAUGGAUCGAGCUUAAAGAUUCACCGCAGACUUCACACAGGCGAAAAACCGUAUCGCUGUUCAGAAUGCAGAGAAAUGUUUUGCCGGUUACAGGAUUUAAAAAUUCACAAUGAGAAACACACUGGUGUAAAACCUUACGGUUGUUUAAUUUGUGGAGAAAAAUUUAGUCGAGGGGAUAAAUAUCGACGGCACAAAUUGAAACACACGGGACAAAAAACGUUCGGUUGUAAAACGUGCGGGAAAAGUUUUCGACAAAAAUGUUCUCUUCAAAGACACGAAUUGAUUCACUCCGGGGAAAAGCCAUUUGGUUGUUCAGUUUGCGGGAAGAAUUUUAAUUCUUCCGGGAGUUUGACGACUCAUAAACGGAUUCACAUUGACAGUAGGAAUUUUCGCUGCAGAGAAUGUGGGAAAGGUUUUAACGCAGCUGGAACUUUGAAGACGCAUCUCCGGAUUCAUACCGGAGAGAAACCGUGUUUGUGCCGUCACUGCGGCAGAGGAUUUAGAGCACCUGGACAAUUAGCCAGACACCGUAGAAUUCAUGAGAAAUCUAACACUUAGUUCAGAAAAGGCCUGGAGAGCCCCUAUCCUAUCUAAUACAGUGUGUCUCCAAUCCUGGUCCUGGAGAACGCUUCCUAUCCUAUCUAAUACAGUGUGUCUCCAACCCUUGUCCUGGAGAACGCUUCCUAUCCUAUCUAAUACAGUGUGUCUCCAGCCCUGGUCCUGGAGAACGCUUCCUAUCCUAUCUAAUACAGUGUGUCUCCAAUCCUGGUCCUGGAGAACACUUUGUAUCCUAUCUAAUACAGUGUGUCUCCAAUCCUGGUCCUGGAGAACACUUUGUAUCCUAUCUAAUACAGUGUGUCUCCAAUCCUGGUCCCGGAGAACGCUUCCUAUCCUAUCUAAUACAGUGUGUCUCCAAUCCUGGUCCUGGAGAACGCUUCCUAUCCUAUCUAAUACAGUGUGUCUCCAAUCCUGGUCCUGGAGAGCCCCCCUUAUUCCAGAAUGUUAACAGUGAAGGUUCAGAUUGCAGGGAUGUUAUUCUUUACUGAACUGAAACAUAAGUUGUAUUAAUUGAUGUAUCUAUAUAAUGGUAUUGUUAAUAUUUUACUUAACUUGUAAAUGGGAAACUGACUAUUUUACGCAGUGGAAGGUUAUUUUUAAAUGUUUCUUAUUAAAAUCAAUUUGACACACAUUCAAUUUAUGUUAUUUUGCUAUUUUCUUUGAUUACAGUGUGAGGCGUUUUGUAUCUAUCUGCCUAUCUAUCUUCCCAUCUAUCUCUUUCUAUAUACAGUGGUUUGCAGAAGUAUUCACCCCCUUGCAAGGUUGUCACAUUUUGUUGGC